CCUCCAACGCUUCCUGUGUUUGGGCGGGACGAUGCCCAUAAACUGCUAGAUGGGAUGCUUAUAUAAAUAUAUAGGGCUUCAACUAUCCAUCAAGUGACUGGGAAGAUGAUGAACGGUGGUUUUGAUGAUGACUCUAAUUGGCAAUUGUAGACUUGAGACUGCACCAGCAGAUUUUCAACUCUCAACUACAAAUCAAACGAGGCAUUGCUUCUCUGGAUAUAUUGAAUAUCACCGAUUGACAGAUGGAAUGAGCAAAGGGAAAAUGGAACUUUUCCAGGUCCUCUGUAGAUGGCAGCAACUGUGCUUCCCACUGUUUUGUCCAAGUUGGCAGAGAUGACUCUUGAAUGAGAAGCGAACUUUCACAAAUUUGUUCAAUUUAAAGUGAUGAAUUAAAUAAGAAAUUUUGGACUGUAUGUUAGAAAAACUAGUUUCUUUCUUCUGUAGUCCAUAACUUGACAUUGUAAACAUGAGACUAAGGGACUUGCCUAGAGUUUCAUAAUAUGGAUUUUGAUUGUCAAAUCUACUAUGAUAAAUUUGCAAUUCCUGUAAUUGCAUUGAAUUGCAGAGUAUUUCAGCUUUACUCUUUGACCUAUUUACCUGUAUGCUGGUUCUAGUGUUACAGUCUUUGUCAAUUUAAAUUUGUGAUUCUUCACUGUUCUUUUUGCUAAAGCAAUGCACAUUCUCUUGUUCAGACAGGGCCAGAUGCAAUAAAUUUCAACGACACACGAUAUACCCAUUGCAAGGGCAGCAUAUACAUUCCUGCAGGGUGGAACAAGGGCCAAAUUGUCUGUCAGCGGUCUCAGCUUUCAAGUGAAUUCUGUUCAGCUCUGGCUUAUCUCCUGAUAGUUCACUGAAGGAUUAUGUAUUAGCUUUAAUUAAACUCCCUGUUUUCUUCCAUGGGGGCACAACCAUUGGCAUCUUAAGUAACAUUCAGACAGCCAACAUGAUGAUGUCAAUUCUGAAACAAAAAUGAGGCGAAGCACAGAGCUCAUUGCCAGCACAGGGUAAAAAGAUAUACAGAUUCCUUGACCAGUUUUUCAGGGCUUGAAAAAUCUCUCCUUUUUUCAUACAAAGAAAGCUAAGGCUGGAGGAUUGAUUUGCUUGUAUCUUGUGAUCUUUGUAUCGAUUAAAAAUCAACUUUCUCUCUUUGCGUGGACUACAUUUCAGCUUGAAAAAUACAAGGAAUCAGCUGAAGCAUAUUUUAGUGAUGGUAAAUCUGGAUGGCACUGGCUGCAAACUGCUUUAUUGUGAAGUAAUACAUUUGAGUUCCUGAA